AUGAGCCUGAAGGCACAAGGCCUUGUCGUACUGCGUGACUCUAUCCUGAUAGUAAAGAUUCUGGUGAACGGCUUUGAAGAGAGGUACAGUAUUGCGAUUGCCGCAGACAUGCAGAUGCUGUCAAAUGGAAUGGUUCUUCUUGCUGUGGGGACUACAAAAAGAUCCAUUGAUCUUUACUGUGAGACUGCGUGCUCUAAGGCGGUGAAACGGGCUCUUUCCAUCACUGCGCAUGAGGACUGGGUGCACUCCAUUGCUUUCAAUCGUUGCGUGUAA